AUGAAUUGCACCGUCCUGUUCCUUGUGGUGGCGGCAAUUGUGACGGUGCUGGACCGAUGGGAGAAGGUUCCUGUAUUUUAUGCCAGAAAAUUAGCCCAUAUGUUAUGCGGCCUAAUGAUCCUCCUGUUUGACAUUAGCAUAAAUGGUAGUAGAAGGUCUCCUCAAGUGAAUGAUAUUACUAACACCGGGGACGGAAACCACUGCGUCCUGUUCAUUUAUUUAAUAGCUGCUACCUCUAUCAUCCGCUGCUUUGUAUGUCCAUUCAGAUUUGGCGUCUAUCGAGAUAAAGGAAUAAUUAUUUAUAAUACAGUGGUGUCACUGUUUUUUUUCUUCAAACUGCCGCUGUACGUGUUGACUCCUAUCUUUUUUGCUGACCCGAUGGCUGCCAUCGUGGGCAAGCAGUUCCCCACCUACUCCAUAUACAAGAAGAAAACGCUGCAUGGCACUCUAACGUGCUUCUUCGUGUCGCUCGCGUCCCUCUACUACGUGCAGAAUUACAUGCACACGCUCCUCCUAGGAUUGUCCCUCAGCCUGCUGGAACUCUUUGGAGGCACCCUGGACAACCUCUGCAUGUGCUUCCCCAUCUUCAUUUAUAUGCUAUUUUUUAACGUGUAA